GCGGAGUGCGCAGCAUCCUGCCCCUGGGGAGUCGGGAGGAGUCGCGUCCCAUCCAGCUGUGCAAACAGGAGGAGGAGGAGGUCCCAAGCCGACCCUCGGGAGAGGGGUGGCCUGGCCGGCUCCCGCGGUGCGGGUUGUGCCAGCCUGCCCGGAGCCCGACGCAGAAACUUGUUGCAACAAACAGGCGACCGCGGGUGCCCCUAGCAGCCAGCGGCGGAGUGGGUGGGCGGGCGAGAGGGAGGGGAAGGCUGGCGGACGCCGCGGCGAACUGGUGGGCAGACCCGGAGUCGCCGCGUAAGCGGGGCCGGCUCAGUGCGGUGCGGCAGGCGCGGCUGUGCGGCAGCGGAAGUCCUUUGUUGCAGCGCAGUCCCUGGCAGAGCGGAGUCUCCGUGCAGCCCAGCCCGAGUGCCGCGCGCCGCCGCCGCUGCACUCGCGGCCCCUUCGCCUCCGCCCGCCGUUCCUGCGGCCGAUUUGCCUUAAACUUCCUAAAAUCUCCGCAGCCCUGGUUCCCACUUCGCCCGGAUCAACAAGGGAGAAGCAAGUUACAGAAGUGGCAAAGCCAGAUUGGAAUCCAGGUCUCUACUAGAAGAUGGCAAAGCCCAGCCACAGCAGCUAUGUCCUGCAGCAGCAAACAGAACACCAAAAUGAUAUUUGGAGUAAGAAUGUAUGAAGACACUGUGGCUAGAAAUGGCAGUGAAGCCAACAGGUGGUGUGCAGAGCCAAGUUCAACAGUAAACACACCUCAUAAUAGAGAACCAGAUGAAGAAUCUUUACAAUUGGGUAAUUUUCCUGAACCACUGUUUGAUGUAUGUAAGAAAAGUUCUGUGUCCAAAUUAUCUGCCCCAAAAGAAAGGGUAUCACGACGCUUUGGACGGAGUUUUACCUGUGACAGCUGUGGAUUUGGCUUUAGCUGUGAAAAAUUAUUAGAUGAACAUGUACUGACCUGUACUAAUAGACAUUCAUACCAAAACACAAGAUCUUACCACCGAAUAGUAGAUAUGAGAGAUGCAAAAGACAGUAAUAUCAAAGCUGAAUUUGGUGAAAAAGAUGCAUCUAAAACAUUUUCUACACAGGCAGACAAAUACAGAGGAGACACAAGCCAGGGUCCUGAUGAUUCUGCUUCAACCACUGCAAAUAGAAAAAGUAGCACAGUGGAGUCUGAACUAGCCAGUGAAGAAAAAAGCAGGGCUGCUGAGAGGAAAAGAAUCAUCAUUAAGAUGGAGCCUGAAGAUAUUCCUACAGAUGAGCUUAAAGACUUUAAUAUUAUUAAAGUUACUGAUAAAGACUGCAAUGAAUCCACUGAUAACGAUGAAUUAGAAGAUGAACCCGAAGAGCCAUUUUAUAGAUACUAUGUCGAAGAAGAUGUUGGCAUUAAAAAAAGUGGUAGGAAAUCUCUAAAACCUCGAAUGUCAAUAAAUUCUGAUGAAAGAGGUACUUUAGAAAAUCUGAGGCCCCCUAACAACAGUAGUCCGGUACAAGAGGAUAGUGAAAAUGCCUCUUGUGAGCUGUGUGGACUCACAAUAACGGAGGAGGACCUGUCUUCUCAUUACCUAGCCAAACACAUUGAGAACAUCUGUGCAUGCGGUAAAUGUGGACAGAUCCUCGUCAAGGGUCGGCAGCUUCAGGAACAUGCACAGAGAUGUGGAGAACCCCAAGAUCUGACAAUGAAUGGGCUAGGAAAUACGGAAGAGAAGAUGGACAUGGAAGAAAACCCUGAUGAACAGUCUGAAAUAAGAGAUAUGUUUGUUGAAAUGCUGGAUGAUUUUAGGGACAGUCAUUACCAAAUAAACAGUAUCCAAAAAAAGCAGUUAUUUAAACAUUCUGCCUGUCCUUUUCGAUGUCCUAAUUGUGGUCAGCGUUUUGAAACUGAAAAUCUAGUGGUUGAACAUAUGUCUAGCUGCCUAGAUCAAGAUAUGUUUAAAAGUGCGAUUAUGGAAGAAAAUGAAAGAGAUCAUAGGCGAAAGCAUUUUUCACUCCUGCAGCACUUCUCUGGAAACGUUGCACCUCUCCGCCAGUCCUUUUUUCCUCCUUUCACCUAUAAAACCCGUAGGAAUAACUCCACUGCUCUCCCCCUUCUGUGA